AUGAAACAUGCAGAUACUAUGUUUGUACUGUUCAGACGAACUAUAAAUGACUAUUCUUGCUUCUACAACCCUGGUAUUAAAUAUCAUAUAAACAUAGAUGGCAAAUAUUAUCCAAGAGAAGAAUAUUCUACAGUUGAGGAUAUGAGGUCAUACAACUUGACAUUAGAUGCUAUGAACUUUAACAACAACUUCACAACAACCAUUAACCCUGAAAUGCAAAGUUCUAUUAUGCCAUAUGUGAAAGUAUGGACCCAUACAGGAGCUCAAAACACUCAAUAUACAAAUGGAGACCGUUCAAACUUUUGGCUUGGCAUUCCAUUUGCUGACUCAGAAGACUUUAUGGGUGGUAUUUCAACUGUUGGUACAGUUCAAAUACAAUAUACUGGUGACAGAGACGGUCCAAAUGAAUUGA